UUCAAUAUUUGAGAGGGUUUUAGAAAGAUAAAACAUCAAACCAAUAUGGCUGAAGCUGCCAUCUAUAAGACUGUCAGUGAUUCAUUUACGUGUCCAAUUUGUCUGGAAAGAUUGACCACAGCUAAGUAUUUGUCGUGUUUACACAGUUUUUGUGAAUCGUGCAUUCAGACCUACAUCUCAAGUACGGUGACUCGAGAUAGUGAAAAGAAUACAAACUUUAUAGUUUGUCCCGUGUGCAGAAAAACUGUCGAUGAACCAGAAAUUAAUAUUUCCAGCGAAAAAUGGGCGAAAUGUCUCCCAGUUAAUAAAUUAAUACAAACGAUGAACAUAAAUUCGGAUACUACUGGUAAAAAUUGUACGUUUUGUGAGCGAGAUAGUAAAAAGGUUGCAGCCACAUAUUGGUGUAAAACUUGUGUAGAAGCGAUCUGUGAAUGCUGCAAGCAUAUUCAUGAUCUUAUUCCAGUCCUUUCAAGUCACAGAAUAGUGAAGUUGUCGGAUGCUAGCCAUAGAAAUGAACCUGUCGAUGUCGAUGAGCCAUGUAGGAAACACAAAGGGAAACUACUCGAGGUGUUUUGUGAAGACCAUUCAAAGCUUUGUUGUAGCGUGUGUUUUGCUACAGAGCAUCGCAGAUGUGCCAGUGUUAUAUCAAUAGAAGAUGCUUCAUCUCAGAUUGACAAAGAAAAACUCGAAAAGAUAAAUAAAGUACUCAGUGAAUUAUUGGAAUCCAUUGAUAGCGCUGUUUUAAGGAACACGCAAGACAUUCUAUCCUUGAACGCUAAGAAAGACUCGAUAAUGUCCAGCAUGGCAAAUGAGGUAGAAAAGGUGAAAACUCUGAUUGAAAAUGCCCACGUACAGUGGUUAAAGCAUUUUGAGCAAGCUCACAAGGAAAAUACAGAUAAAAUUGAAAUGUCCUCAGACGAACUGAAACGUUUUGGUACAACUGUGCGAGAUGCAAAAUCACUCCUUUCUUCAGUAAUUGACAAAGGCUCAAUAAAACAAAUGUUUAUGUCAGAACAUUUGUUGCAAGCCCAAGUUACCAGUCACUUUAAUCGAAUGAACUCAUUGAAUAUAUGGGAACCUACAGAAAGCUACACUCAGAAAAGUUUUGAUGUGCUCGAACAAUUAAAAGAGGUUGGAAAAUUGCACAGUAUUGAUAUUUUAGUUAAAGAAAAGAGGACGACUGACAGCAUGUCUGAUUUUGUAUAUGAAUUUACUGGGAAAAGAAAUAUUCCUUGUUCCAGGGCAUACUUGAAGGAAAAAGAUCUGAUGAACAUUGACUUCAAGAUGUUGUCAAAUUUCAGAUUGCCUGACUCAGUAUAUUUUGGACUGUUUUUAGAUGAAACUCGCAUACUCUUUUCCAUUGAAUCAAAGUCUUCAUUAGAUGUCUAUGACACACUUAGUUCACCUUGGAAUUGUAUUCACUCUGAGCAGUGUGACGGUACGCCAUACGGCCUCUCCUAUGGUAACAAUAUGAAUGAAGUUUUUGUCGCUUUUGGUACUUUCGUACUGAAGUUUGAAAUAUUAGACGGUGGGACAAGAUUUAAUAAAUUGAUGAAAAUAGAUUUGACUGAAAAAAUUGAAGAUUUUGUGCACUGCCCAAAAGUGGUGUUUUCAGCAAAUUCUGCGAAGAGAUGUUUUUUAUCACCCGACUUCAGUUUGCGCAGCUCAUCAUCUUACAAGCGUAUAGGUGACAGGGCAUUUGUUGCAUCUUCAUUAACUCCUGGCAUAUUUGUGUAUGGGAAAAAUGAUAGUGUAUGUUUAAUAGACUCAGAAGGGAGUGAAAUUUCUCAAUUUAAAUUGAUAUCAGGAAUGCCACGGGGGAUGGCGAUGGACUCUGAAAAUAAUAUUUUCGUCUGUAAAUGUCAGAAUGAUGUCGAACAAAUCAAAUUUGAUGGUACAAGCAGCAGGAAAGUAAAUCUAAGCAUUAAUGGAGAAAACGCUUAUAACAUCGUGUUUCAUCCUGCUGGUCACAAAUUUCUUGUUAUUUGUUACAUGCGCGUUGUAGGGGUUUAUCAAAUACCUGCUGAGUAAAGAGAACAUUGCUAGUAUUUGGUACUAGUGUAUAUCAAUACUAUAAUUUCAUUUGAAAUGACAAUUAUGUAAACUUAAAUGGUUCAUUUGAAUCGUAUAUGCAAGGUCCGAUCAAUGGGGCCUAAAAAUAAUCAACUAGCUAAGCAACAUCCAC